CGCCAGUGGACGCCAUCUUAACUCCUGGCAACCGGAAACAGGUCAGAGCCCGGAGCAGCUGCUGUUUACGCAACUUUCAAGGAUGUUCAGAGGCCUUCAGUUCUUGAAUUGGGCUUGUCCCAUGCGGUCUCUGUUACAGCAGAGAGAGUCUCACCUCCCUGCCAUGUCCCAGUAUGCGGUUGCUACUUUACAUGGACCUAAGAACCUUAAGAAAAGACAAUCCAAAAGAUGCCUUCAAAUAAGAUCUCAAAUGUUCACAUCCAGUUUUGGAGGACAUUCACUAUUUGAUUUAGAUGCAAGAAAUAUCAAGCCAUUUUGUGACUUCUCUCCCAAAGUGUCUGGUACCUUUUUAAACACGGAGCGUAAACAAUGGAAAAGCACUAUAGUGAGAGGUAACAAUGACUGUACAGACUGUGUGCAAUCUCGGAGAAAACUCUGGAUUCAACAACAUUGUUACUCCUAUUGUGAUCCCCUUAAACCAAGCAGUUUAUGUUCUAGAGCUAACCUAACAAGAUAUUUUAGCACAUCCGUGUCUAAAGUUGGCAUUUUUAACCAUCAUCCUAUACCAUACAAAUUUCACCAAACAAGACAAGUUUACAAGACAGUCCCAAGGGAAGAUUGUGCUUGGAGAGAAUGCCUAUCUUCUGAGAAUGAGCAAAGAUGUCGACAGAUUCUUGAACCAAACUUGAAACUUUACGAGGUGGAGAAGGUGCGGAAGGGUCCCAGUCUAAGUUUGGGGAAGAAGCAGGCGAGAUGGGCGUCAGUUUUGAUCAGUCUCUGCAGUGUGGAGGAAGAACCAGCAUUUCUAUUCACUCUGCGCUCCAGUACACUGCAGGGCAGGCACAAAGGAGACGUCAGUUUUGCAGGAGGGAAGAGCGAUCCUUCAGACAAAGACGUGGUGGCCACAGCUCUGAGAGAGGCUAGAGAGGAGCUGGGCAUAAACGUGGGAGCAGAGCAAGUGUGGGGCAUCCUCAAGCCACUCAGGGAGAUGACUGGAAUGAUGGUUGCUCCGGUGCUUGCAAACUUGGGUCCUUUAGAGGAGCUGUCCUUCAAACCAAACCCUGGGGAGGUGGAGGAGAUCUUCACCCUGUCCCUGUCUCACUUGUGUAACCCUGUGAAUCGCGGUUACACACAUUUUCGCACUGGAGACAAGUACGGCUACACUAUGCCUGUCUUCAGGAACGGGAAACACCGAGUCUGGGGCCUGACCGCUGUGGCCUUAGAACACACUUUAAAAAUCAUCUGUCCUCCAUAACACCUAAGCACUACUCUAAUGGGAGCUGGUGGGGCUGCAUAGUAUUGGUAAAACUAUGAUAAUCUGAACAAUGGAUGUACUUAAAGGUGGUCUAUGUAACUUUUAUGGAGGAGACGUUAUUGCCUGUAAUGUUCUACUGCCAUUUAACUAUAUCUCCAUGGAGACAGACAGGCCGUGUUACAUGUCAGAUCUGUGGAGAAACACAGUGAGAACGCAUGUUUUUCAAGAUGGUUUUGAGCAAUAAAUAGACCUGGAAUUGGAUAAAUGCAAGAUGGACAAGUUUAAUGCUAUACUGUGGAACAUUCCAGGCAAAAUGAUAACGUCUCCACAGAGACAAGCAAAACUAAAAAGUUAUAGUGCACUUUUAAACAAGUUAAAAAAAUUUAGAUACCGGUACUUUUUACUGGUCAAAACAAGCCAUUGAAUUAUGACAAAACCAAGACUUCAGUGGGACUAAAAAUGACUGAACCUGAGCUUAACCAUAUUCAGAACCAGAGUCAAAUACAGUGUGAACCAAGUCUUUGAUAACAUUAUCAAAGCAUUUAUUAUUCCCAUUUUCACUUUUUAAUAAUUUAAAAGUAUAGUUUGUUUGGUUAUUAAUCCUUUCCUGCACUGAUAUUGUGCUGCCCUACUAUACACAACACACACAGCCAGUUUCAGCUGAAGCACUUUCUGAGCCAUUUUUAUGUAUUUAUAGUAUCAUUACUUAUGGAAAGUAUUUUUUAAUUUGUCCAGGAUUAUGGAUAAAGUUACAUAAUCCAAUUACAAACAUUAAACCUAUUUAUUACCAUUUAUUACAUGUUUUAAUAGUCACUGCAUCACUGUUCUUUAAUAAAGUUAUUAUUAUCC